AUGUCCUCAGAACACGCCGUUCCCGCUGCCCGCGCUGUCGAGAAUCUUGCAGCAAAGCUGCGCAGAAGGCAGAUAGUAGGCUCGCGGGAAGCAGCCCUCGAGACCGUCCUCGUACUGCGGCAGGUCGUUGCGAAAGCGCGAUUCUCCAACAUCGACCAGCUUGUGAGCCUGCUCCGCGAAGUCGGCAAGAGGCUCGCCGAAGCUCAGCCGAAAGAACACACUGUGGGCAAUGUCGUCCGCAAGGUACUGCACAAUAUCCGCGAAGAGUACAAUACCGCGGCGAAGGGCGCGGCGGCUGCGCCUACAAGGAACGUGUUCUCCAUCUCCAAGUUCGUCCUGCAGGGCCAGCCCCGGAAGCAGGUCAUCGCACCCAAGUCCGAGGCCACGAUCUCGCUGAGGGAGAAUGACCCUGAUGAGCCGGACUCGUUCGCGAAGGCUCUGAAGCCAGUGCUCAUGGAGGCGAUCCAAGACGUGCUCGACGAGCUGGAGACCGUUUACGAUAAUGUGUCAAAGACGGCGAAGGAUCAUAUCCAUUCAGAUGAGAUCAUCCUUACGAUCGGGCAUUCCAAGACGGUGGAAGCCUUCUUAAAGUCCGCGGGGCACUACCGGAACUACACCGUCAUCGUCGCGGAGACAGGGCCAUCCUACAGCGGCCACGAGAUGGCGACCUCCCUCUCCAACGCGGGCAUCUCCACCUUCCUCGUCCCCGACUCCUCCAUCUACGCGAUCAUGUCGCGCGUGAACAAGGUCAUCAUCGGUGCCCACGCCAUCCUCGCCAACGGCGGCAUGUUCGCGAUCACAGGCUCCCUCCUCGCCGCGACCGCCGCCCGCGCGCACAGCACGCCCGUCGUCGUGUGCACGGGCCAGUUCAAGCUCACCCCCGCGUGGAACCUCUACCACGACUACGGGGCGCUCGACUUCGCCGACCCGAGCAGCGUGCUGGGGUACGAAGAGGGCCUGCUGGUUGAUAAAGUGGAUGUCAUCAAUCCAUACUAUGACUACGUCGGACCGGAGCUUGUCGACGUCUUCAUUACGAACGAUGGCGAUCAUCCCCCUUCGUCAAUCUAUAGGCUUGUGAAGGAGAGUUAUGACGACGAGGACCAGCACCUCUAA